AAACGCAUGGCCUGUCUCCUCUAUCCCACGUUUAUGUUAGAGGCGGCACGGCGCCGUUUUUUAUUUCUCAUGAUUUCUUCUUCACGUAACGUGUCCCUGGACCAGCACUGAAAUCCAACGUCCUUGGAUCUGUUGUUUGGUGAAGUCAAAGUCAUGGUGAAAGCUGUGGUAGGAGAGGAAACCCAACUCCAGCUAGCCGAGGAUCGUCUCUCCCAAUCUUCACUUCCCGCGCAGGUUGGUCUGGUGAUAGGGAAGCUCAGCUCCAUUCUCGACCGAGGCUUCGUGUUCGAUUUAGUACCAACUCCUCAAAACGAUGCCGGAGAGCCAGCUUGUUCGGUUUUGGAGCCAGCUAAAGACAACAGGAAAAAGGGAUCGAAAGCCAAAUCUCGGACAUCUGAUUCUUCCUCUUCUUUGGUCAUUGACAAGGAUUGGGUCGCUGAACAUGCUCGCCAGGUGUCAAGAAUGAUGGUCGGUGGAAUGAAAGUAGUGGGUAUUUAUGUGUGGGCUAGUGAGGCCGCAUUCAAGAACUCUACCAUGGUACUUUGCCAGACUGUGAAAGGAGUUGCUGAAGCAGCAUCAUUUUCGGAGGAUGACCUUGAUGAAAGAUUGCUUAUUCACAUAUGUUAUAGUCCAAGGAGAUGGACAUGUCGAAAUUGUAAGCUCUCCUCAAAUAUAACAUCGAGCAGCUUACGGCCUUGUGACUUCAAAAUGGGAAGGGUCUUAACUUCCCUUCAAACUUUUAAGUGCUUUUAUAACUUUGAUCUUAGAUUGCCAAUAUAUCAAGAGAAAACAUCAAAAUCCCAGACGCUUAGUGAUGUUCUCCAUAAUGGAAUUUCAAUUUAUGCAAAAGAGCUGCGAGGUGCAAAAGCCAUUAUGGACGGAAAUCUGGUUGUUAACGAUGGGAUAUGCACAACAGAUGGUUUGCAUGAAGUUGAGCUGCUUCUACCAUUCAUGAGAGAUAUAUAUAUUGAAGCAUGCAGCCAGAAAGAUGUUGUAGGCGUUGUCAAUUUUACAGGCUCUGUAUGUUCCUUUGCGUUCUUGAAUUCUAAGGAACCAAUUUCACAGGCUAUUGCUGAUAUAAAGGAUGAUAUCAUCAGGAGUUUGCAAAGCAGGCUGGAUAUCAUUUGUGAUGAAACAGAUGAAGACCUAGGGCCAACUGACAACGGAAUUAGGGAAGCAAGCAAUGACUCAUCAUCUGAAAAGCCAGUUUCCCAACUUGUUUUGAAUUCCUUGAGGAAAAAUUGCAAUCUUUCGUUACCUGGGAGGGUCUUUGUUCCAUGGUUGGCGGGUACAUUUAUCAGUGACUAUAUACAAUCAUCUGAGACACUUGAGGUUCUAAAAGAUCAUUGUGUUGAGUUGAUGUCCAUGGAAGCUCCAAGUGAUGCCUCAACAAUCUUGGAACCUGAAGAAGAAGCCCUCAGAGUGACCACUGGAUCUUUUUGGGAUGUAGUAGUCCCCUACACAUCUGCAACUAACUCUUCCCAAGAAAAGAAUAGAGAAAUUACCAGCACAGAAAGCAGCCAGAAAACCAUCAAUUCAACCAAUGUCAACUUCAUUGCUGCUGUUUUCUUCCUCCUCCUCUCUGUUUUAGCUGGUUACAUGCUUGUUCGGAAAUCAUAAUGCACUGAGUAAACAUUUGGUAGUAAUAUGGAGAAUUCUGAGAAAUCAAUCACUCGUCAACUAGUAUUCGAUUAAGUAUGAUUACUUCGAACUUUUACCUAACAUCCCUGCAUCCAUGGUAAGGUAGCCACCCCAUAAAAUAAAAAAAUGAAAAUGAAAAUUUUGUUCUGACAGGAAAAUAAUUCCAAACAAAAAAAAAAGUGUUUUGGAUUUAGUAUGUUUAUACAAAUUGAGACAUUAUUAUUUUUGUAUUUUACA